AUGCCCAGACAUAUACUGCAACCCCUACCAAAAGCUUUCAAACCUACGCCCUCAUCUUCCUCAAGAUAUCAACGACAUGAUGAGAAUAUGUGGGAGACACUGGAUAGGGUCCAGGUUCUGGGUGAGACUGAUGGGCAUAGGGGAUGUGUGAAUGCCCUAUCGUGGUCGGAUGACGGGACGACGUUAUUAUCUGGAUCAGACGACAAAAGAAUAUGUAUCUGGCAACCUGACCCUCACCCAUCUUCCUCCUCCUCCUCCUUUUCUUCUUCAUCGUACUCGCCCCAUCCAUUGAAGCUGUCCGAUACGAUUUCGACGGGUCAUCGAGCGAAUAUCUUCUCAGCAAAGUUUUUACCGAACACAUCUACACCUACGAUCGUGAGUUGUGCGGGUGAUAGGGAUGUUAGGGUGUUUGAAGUUGAGAGGUUAGUAAGGGACACGGCGACGGGGGAGCUGAAAGGUGAAAGAGGUGAUGGCGUAACAAUCCUGAAAUGUCAUAAAGAUCGAACCAAACGAAUAGCUACCGAAAACUCGCCAUACUUAUUCCUAACGGUUUCAGAGGAUGGUACAGUCCGACAACACGAUUUACGUAGACCACAUACAUGUAGAUCACAAUGUCCCGAACCGCUCUUCUACGCUCCGAAGGGUGUGGAUCUGUAUAGUCUAAGUAUUAGUACGGUCACUCCUCAUAUCUUUGCGGUAGCUGGUAGAACGGAUUGUGCAUUCAUAUGCGAUCGAAGGAUGUUACCUCGUCAAACUCCCUCUUGGGGUCCGAACAUACGUUCAUCAGGUCAAGUUCACUGUGUGCGUAAAUUGGGAUUGCCAAAUGAUGAAUGGGAUAAAGUCGCGCCUAAUAAUGGGAAUCGCUUGUUUGGUGAGGAAAGACAUAUUACCUGUGUCAAGAUGAGUCCACAGAAUGCAGAUGAAGUAGCAGUAUCGUUCGCAAAGCAUUCUACCUCGUUAUUCUCCAUAUAUGAUUCUCCUCCUUCAACUUCGAUCAGGAAUGGCUCUUCAAGUGUUAUUCCGCCUAAUGAGGGAAGUAGGAAAGGGUCAAAGUCACCUACUUCCCCGACAAAGAUCAAGAGGAAAUCGAAAUCACCCUCAAUUCCAGCUUCACCCAGUCGACGAUCGCCUCGAUCACCCCCACCUGACCCACCUGCGCCGUACAUACUUGCAGAUGACAUUCCGCCUCGACCGACAUAUUCUCCGAAGAUUGCGAUAGAUGACGGAGAUGAGGACGAGAUCUGUGGUGGAUCCAGUCCGUCUCUGGGAAAGAGAAGACAGUCCGAUAGGGAUAGUAUACUUCAAAAUAGUGGUGUACCGAGCAUUAGGCAGAGGAUGAUAGAUCAAAAUCAUCAUGCGGAACAAAGCGCUUCACGGGAAAUCACUUUGGGCGAACAGAAUCACGUCGAUGAUGAAGCCGGAAGGAACGUUGAAGAAAGGACGUCUACAGAUGCUGUGAGUCGAGCCGAAGAAGGGCAAUCUAGAGGUCAAACUAGAGUGGGGCCUCCUACACCUCCACGGGCCUAUACAGCAGCAGAUUUUCUGAGGGAUGAAAAUCAGGAAGAGAAUGACAAUAUGGAAGAUAGGUUUGACCCGGGUGGUGAGCUAUCACGUCUCGCAUCUACGCAGCAAAGCCGAGCUGACUACAUUAUGACAGAAGCCUCUUUGUCGGAUAUGGAAGAUCUGGCAUUGGACAUAUUAGACAGGGAAGGGAUGUUGGAUGUUGAGACUGAUGAAGAUCAAGACGAAGAUGAUGAAGACGAUGCUUUGGACGAAUUUGACGAAGAUGAGGAUGAGGAGGACGAUAUGGACCUCGAUGCAGAGGAUGAAGAAGAAGAAGAUGAAGUUGAAAUUGAUCAAGAUUUCAUGGAUAUGGAUCCUGAUAUAGAUAUAUUAGGAUUUGGAGGAUCGAACGCAUCGAGAUUAGAAACUAAAGCUUUCGAUCAUGUCGAUACGAUUUAUCCAAGAAAGAGCUUCAAAGGAGCUAGGAAUGUCGAGACUGUAAAAGAUUGUAACUUCCUAGGUAUUCGAGCUGAUAAAAUUUGCUCGGGAAGUGAUGAUGGAAAUUUCUUUGUCUGGGAUAAAGAUUCGGGAAGGUUGGAAGGCAUUUGGGAAGGUGAUGGAUCGGUUGUCAAUGUCAUGGAACAACACCCUACCUUACCUUUGGUGGCUGUCAGUGGGAUUGAUAAUACUGUCAAGAUGUUCGCACCUACCCAUAUGCCCAUCUCCCCCUCUUUCUCACGUAUGCACCUCGCUCAAAACAUCAUCGAACGUAAUACCCGGUUACCCCGGUUCUUACCUGGAGGUUCAUUUGAGAGAGCCACCUUGUUACAGUUUUUAGCUAGUCGAGGGAUUAGAGUGAGGGCUGAACCUGCAUCGCACAUGAAUGGCGUUGAUGGCGAGGAGGGAAAUGAGGAUGAUGAAGGUGUGGAAGGGUGUGCUACUCAAUGA